GUUAGUUUGAGGCUUCAUAUGUGUGAAGUCCGAUAAGCCCUUUUUCUCGGUCUGAUUCUCCAUCCCCUAGCGAUCUUCCCCUCGGGAUCUCCUUCAGUUAUUUCCUGUGCAGAAGGUAAGAUGUCACAAACAAAAGAUGAUGUAAAGGAGCAGGUGCUUUUGGAUAAUGCUGAGAGUGACCUUGGCGAUGAAGUUGAUGAUCAUAAAAAUCAAAAUCAUGGGGAGUCUUCUCUGGAAAAGUUGAAAGAUUCACCGGAAGAUAACGAAAACGCCAUGCCCUCAGAACAGCAGGAGGAAGAAGUAAUCAAGAAAAAGUAUGGAGGAUUGUUACCAAAGAAACCCCCAUUGAUAUCCAAGGACCAUGAACGUGCUUUUUUUGAUUCAGCUGAUUGGGCAUUGGGAAAGCAAGGAGCACAAAAGCCCAAAGGGCCACUUGAAGCAUUACGCCCAAAAUUACAGCCCACCCCACACCAGCAGGUGCGUUCCAGGCGCUUUGCUUAUGCUCACGCAGAUGAUGGGGAAGUAGAUGAUGGUAUUCACGAUUCCACAUCCUCCGGGGAUCAAAGCAGCAACAUUGAUGGUCACACCAGCAACAGUUGCAAUACAGUGGCUGCUGGUCAGAGCUGCGAUGAAGCUAAGACAUUGGAGUCUUAAGCAACCACGAAGAAGUUCAAAAUGCUGCAAUUUUUCUUUUUCUUUUUUUUUUUUUCAAUUUUUCUUUUUCUUUUUUUUUUUUUUCAUUUUGUUUACCUAUUUUGGUGGUUAUCUGUUUUCGGUAUACAAGAUAUAUAUUUCGUGCUCCAUGAAACAAGAAAUUAGUGAUGAUGCA